CACUGGACAGAUACCUACCUCUCCUGGAACCCAGAGAACUACCCAGGUGUUCAGAACCUUCGUUUCCCCUCCAAUCAGAUCUGGGUUCCUGAUAUCCUCCUCUACAACAGGUAGGCCCUCGCUGCCACGGUCUCAACCAAUAAGCAUAGAGCUAUGAUGUAUGAAUGGCUUAUGUUACUGUAAUCUACUGUACUCUAGUAUGGGAAAAAUGGGUCUGGCAAGAUUUGGACAGUAGCCUAUGUAUUUCAGGAGAAAGAGCUGAUGUUGACCAAACAAACUGAACCAAUGUUUGCAGUAGCCACCCUUAGCACCGUUAGAAGAAAGCGUAUGUUUCUGGUUUUCAGGAAUGCAGUAUUUUCAACCUAACUUCCAUUUCCCCUGAGAAACGGAAGUGGGGACUCCGCUCAGGCGUCUUUCUACGCCUGCUACGUUAGUAGUUUAAUGUUUUCCUAGAAGAGUUCGAUUUGAUACACAUUAGUCCAGUAAGUAACCAAUUAGUAGACGGACAACUCCCCUGUGGUUUGAUUUCACCCUCGGUCAGAGCGUGGACUAAUGAAAUGACUACGAAUUGAUUGCCUGCAGGAAGUAAACAAACCACUAUACCCAUGAGGCUUUGCAUCUGUGGCCCAGUUCCAUGAUGGGGUAAUAUGUAGGAAGUAGCUGGAUGAUGAAAUCAGUGUUUGUGGAUUGUCCACUUAAAACGGAUAGAAUUACCAAGGGAUUCCACUUCCACUGUAAGUUUUUAAGUUUACAUCUGUUGUUUUCAGAACAGAAUAGGAGACAAAAAUGUAGCAGCUGAAACGGUGUAUCUACUCAUAAAUUGACGUUUGUGUCCUUCUAGUGAUUUUAGUUGUCCAUUUUGGUUUUUUCUUACAUAUUCACCAUUGUAUCAAACCUUGCACUGGUGCAGAUGUCUUCUAAACCUGGUCCAUACUGUAGUCUCUACAAACAUCUACCCUGGCUUGUAGCCUCUAUCUAUUCUGUCCCUGUAUGCCCCUUUGUUCUGUCAGUAUCAGGAUCCAGUUCAUUGAGAUAAAUGGAGAGGUAAGUUCUUUUCAGCUCAACGCUCACUGAUUCAGGGAGCAUUCUAGCAGAACCACUCCCACAUUGCCUUACAGACAGUGGCGUCAGCCAUUUUGUGUUUUAGAGGAACCAUGUGGAGAGGGAAAUUGUAACUCUGCCCCCACCUGCUCUCAAUGGUUCCGAACCUAGUCAAUAACUGAUAUAGUUAGUAGAUAGACAAGUGGAUUUUGAUGGUAUGGUAGAUUUCAUACAAUACUGAUAUAGCAUAAUGGAUAGACCCCAACAUUUUUUGGGGUGAUAUGGUACAUUUCAAACAACACCGUUUUUGUGCUGAAACAUCGGCUGUCCGACGCCGGUACGGGAAUCAUACUGACGUCUAGGAACAUGUCCCCUGGCGGAUACCGACUGUGACACGGUAGGAAUACACAACAACACCCACACAGUCUGGUUGAGACGUGUCUAGGGGACAGGAUGUGUGUCUAUGGGACAGGAUGUGUGUCUAGGGGACAGGAUGUGUGUGUGUGUCUUGUCCUCUUCCGUUGAGCUGUCAGAGUGGGUUGAAGGAGCCAGCCAGGGAACCUGGGACCUCUAAGGUAGCUGAUACAGUGUCAAGGUAGCUGAUACACAUCUACUUUGUGCAUGACACAAGUAAUUUUUCCAACAAUUGUUUACGGACAGAUUAUUUCACUUAUAAUUCACUGUAUCACAAUUCCAGUGGGUCAGACGUUUACAUACACUAAGUAGACUGUGCCUUUAAACAGCUUGGAAAAUUCCAGAAAAUUAUGUCAUGGCUUUAGAAGCUUCUGAUAGGCUAAUUGACAUCAUUUGAGUCAAUUGGAGGUGUACCUGUGGAUGUACUUCAAGGCCUACCUUCAAACUCAGCACCUCUUUGCUUGACAUCAUGGGAAAAUCAAAAGAAAUCAGCCAAGACCUCAGAAAAAUAAUUGUAGACCUCCACAUGUCUGGUUCAUCCUUGGGAGCAAUUUCCAAACGCCUGAAGGUACCACGUUCAUCUGUACAAACAAUAGUACGCAAGUAUAAACACCAUGGGACCACGCAGCCGUCAAACCGCUCAGGAAGGAGACAGGUUCUGUCUCCUAGAGAUUAACGUACUUUGGUGCGAAAAUUGCAAAUCAAUCCCAGAACAACAGCAAAGGACCUUGUGAAGAUGCUGGAGGAAACAGGUACAAAAGUAUCUAUAUCCACAGUAAAACAAGUCCUAUUUCAACAUAACCUGAAAGGCCGCUCAGCAAGGAAGAAGCCACUGCUCCAAAACCGCCAUAAAAAAACCAGACUACGGUUUGCAACUACACAUGGGGACAAAGAUCGUACUUUUUGGAGAAAUGUCCUCUGGUCUGAUGAAACAAAAAUAGAACUGUUUGGCCAUAAUGACCAUCGUUAUAUUUGGAGGAAAAAGGUGGCUGCUUGCAAGCCGAAGAACACCAUCCCAACCGUGAAGCACGGGGUGGCAGCAUCAUGCUGUGGGUGUGCUUUGCUGCAGGAGGGACUAGUGCACUUCACAAAAUAGAUGGCAUUAUGAGGAAGGAAAAUUAUGUGGAUAUAUUGAAGCAACAUCUCAAGACAACAGUCAUGAAGUUAAAAUGUGUGGGCAGAACCUAAAAAGCGUGUGCGAGCAAGCUACAAAGCUGACUCAGUUACACCAGCUCUGUCAGGAGGAAUGGGCCAAAAUUCACCCAACUUAUUGUGGGAAACUUGUGGAAGGCUACCCGAAACGUUUGACCCAAGUUAAACAAUUUAAAGGCAAUGCUACCAAAUACUAAUUGAGUGUAUGUAAACUUCUGACCCACUGGGAAUGUGAUGAAAGAAAUAAAAGCUGAAAUAAAUAAUUCUCUCUACUAUUAUUCUGACAUUUCACAUUCUUAAAAUAAAGUGGUAAUCCUAACUGACCUAAAACAGGGAAUUUUUACUAGGAUUAAAUGUCAGGAAUUGUGAAAAACUGAGUUUAAAUGUAUUUGGCUAAGGUGUAUGUAAACUUCCGACUUCAACUGUAUGUGCAUAUUAUGUGUGAGUGAGCAAAUGAUGGAGUGAGUGAGUGUGUGUGUGUGUGUGUGUGUUGGAGUGACAGCGUGUGUGAGUGUGUAGGGCCCUGUGAGUGUGAAUGGAGACAGCGAAAAAAUUAAAUACAAAGUUCAACUCAGAUAGUUUGUGUAACCAUUUAGUUAGCUAUUUAGUUAGCUAUUUAGUUAGCUAUUUAGCAGUCUUAUGGCUUGGGGAUAGAAGCUGUUCCGGAGCCUGUUGUAUCAGGUACCUCUUGCCGUGCGGAAGAAGAGAGAACAGUUUAUGGCUUGGGUGGCUGGAGUAUCUAACGAUUUUCCGGGCAUUCCUUUCACACCGCCUGGUAUAGACAUCCUGGGUGGCAAGGAGCUCGGUCCCAGUGAUGUACUGGGCUGUCCGCACCACCCUCUGUAGCGCCGUGCUAUUGCCAUAACAAGCAGUGAUGCAGCCAGUCAAGGUGCUCUCAAUGGAACAGCUGUAGAACUUUGAGGGCCUAUGCCAAACCUUUUCAAACUCCUGAGAGGGAAGAGGCGCUGUCACACCAUUUUAAGUCCUUAGUGAUUUGGACACCGAGGAACUUGAAGCUCUCGACCCAGAUUCAGCAGGACAGCCUGUGAAAACUGUCCACUUGUGUUUGCAUCCCUGAGAGCUGAACCUCAGUACCACAGGACCUCAGGAACAGGCUUCCAGAUUAAGGCUAAACUUGCUUUGAGAAAGGAGAUUGCUCUAGCCUUAGCCAGGGAAAUAGACAGAUAAAGGAGGGGAGAAGAUGGGGAGCUUCAAUCAAUAUGGGAUGACCUGCAGCCCAAAUUUCCAAUUACAUUUCAUUACAAUUACACUUUUUCACAAUAAAAAUUCAGGAACACGUUUUCAGAUGCUUUGAAAUGAGAAAUGUAACCUUCUUAUGUAGCCAGGGAAAUUAUUGAGAGUGUUAUUUUCACAACUUUAGAAAUGUUACAACCAUGUUGUAUUUUUAUAUUACUCCAGAGUAGUAUGUAUGUGACGGAUGAAAAGUAAUUCAUUCCAAUAGGUUAAGGUUAAGGUUAGGGUUAAGGUUAGGGUUAAGGUUAGGGUUAAGGUUAGGGUUAAGGUUAAGGUUAGGGUUAGGGUUAGGGUUAGGGUUAUGACUCUGAAGGAGAAGAAACAACAGAAUGUCUUCCUUUCCAUUUCAACCAAUAAAAGGCCAGUACACAACGGGGGAAUCAUGUACUAAAAACACCCACUGAGGUACCAUUUGUCUCACAUGCCUCACUCCGACUGAGGAGCACAUUUUAACAGCAUCAUUACAGUUGACGUUAAAAGCCGUUUCGAACAAGGAGUGUAAUUGCUGGCUGUAAUUUAAGUGUCAGUCGAUGAAAGAGGCAUUAUAACAAGGGAGAAGAAGAUGUUGUAAAUGCAUUGAUAACCCCCUCCAUCACUCCCUCACUCACUCCCUCACUCACUCCCUCCUUGUAAUGGAGUACGGACAACAAGAUAACAUGGUGUUGAAGUUGAUUGAUGACAUGCGCUCUCUGUGCUACGUUGUUUAAGGUGAUGGGGGUGUUCUUUAUGAGGUGGCGUGUGUGUAUGUGUGUGUGUGUGUGUGUGUGUGUGUUUGUGUUUAAUAGGAUGAUACAGAACAUUAAGCAGGUGAUGGUCAGGAUCAGCGAUCACUAAUGAUGACAACAUUAUAGUCCUGGAACGACAAAGAAUAGAUGGAGGGAGCUGAAGCUUUAUAGAUGUAUGGAAGGAAGGAUGGAAAAGGAAGGAAGGAAGGAAGGAAGGAAGGAAGGAAGGAAGGAAGGAAGGAAGGAAGGAAGGAAGGAAGGAAGGAAGGAAGGAAGGAAGGAAGGAAGGAAGGAAGGAAGGAAGGAAGGAAGGAACAGUCAGAUAUUUAGGGAAAAGUCAGUUCCUGCAGAUGAGCUAAGUGUCUUUCCCUGUAGUCUUUCUACCUAAUCCUUUCCUCACAUACGAGAGUGUGAGAAGGAAAGACAGAGUUUGAAUAUUUCAAUAUGAAAUAAAUAAAAUGUCCCUAUGGGAUGGAGGUCAGGUAUUGCCAUUUUUGCACUCUGCCAGCCAUUGUGACUUUCAUGAAUAAUGUAGAGCUAGCUAUAAGCCAGCUGUCUUCAUAUACAAUACCAUGGUGGAUUUAGUGUACCUGUGAUAUGAACCUGUCGGACUCUGUGUCAUAACACAAGACAUCGAUCUGAGAAUAUAUUCCUUUCCCUCCCGAUAGUUCUCUGAGACCUAGAUUCUGAAAACCAGUCAAUGUGUUUCUGUCUGUAGUGUUUUCACAGGAUGAAACAGGACACACACACACACACAACAUUGUCUACACAGUGUUUUAACAGGACAUUUCUAUAAGCAGUGUAGAGAUUUGGAGAGAAGCAUCCACCUGAAUAAGAAAGCUGUGAUAUUGAAGGAAUAAAGCGUUUGUAUUCUGUAAAUGUAUUCCGUCUGUCUGUCUGAAACCCAAUAAAAUUAUUUCCUUAAGGGAUUUGUGGUAUGACGUGUGACACACAAAUACUCAUGUGUAAAAGGAUAACAUGAUUUAUAAUUUGAGCAUACUUCCUUUUUGAGGUGUGUAACCUCCAGGUACGUCCCUGUGUUACGCCUUCCCCUUCCCCCAGGCACCUUGACCUUUGAGAAACAACUUCUGUUUGUUUGUGUAGCUCUGUAUGAUUCAUAUAUCUUGUUUAAUAUGAUUCAUAUAUCUUGUUUAAUAUGAUUCAUAUAUCUUGUUUAAUAUGAUUCAUAUAUCUUGUUUAAUAUGAUUCAUAUAUCUUGUUUAAUAUGAUUCAUAUAUCUUGUUUAAUAGAAUUCAUAUAUAUUGUUUAAUAUGAUUCAUAUAUCUUGUUUAAUAGAAUUCAUAUAUAUUGUUUAAUAUAAUUACUAAAUCUUGUUUAAUAUGAUUCAUAUAUCUCGUUUAAUAUGAUUCAUAUAUCUUGUUUAAUAUGAUUCAUAUAUCUCGUUUAAUAUGAUUCAUAUAUCUUGUUUAAUAUGAUUCAUAUAUCUCGUUUAAUAUGAUUCAUAUAUCUCGUUUAAUAUGAUUCAUGUAUCUCGUUUAAUAUGAUUCAUAUAUCUCGUUUAAUAUGAUUCAUAUAUCUCGUUUAAUAUGAUUCAUAUAUCUCGUUUAAUAUGAUUCAUAUAUCUCGUUUAAUAUGAUUCAUAUAUCUCGUUUAAUAUGAUUCAUAUAACUCGUUUAAUAUGAUUCAUAUAACUUGUUUAAUAUGAUUCAUAUAUCUCGUUUAAUAUGAUUCAUAUAUCUUGUUUAAUAUGAUGUUGUGUAAUUAUUUAUUCAUAGUCAUAAGCCUACAUGCGCUAGUAGGAUUACGUAAUUAAAAAACAAAACAUUAAUCAAUUCAUUAAAUUACUAAAUGUUGAUUAAAACAGAGAAACACUUAUAUGAUACAAGCCUACAACAGCGUGGAUGGAUGGUUUGAAGAACAAGAAAACCAACCAUUUUAAAUGUAUUUAUAGCUUCCUGACCAGCAUUAGUAAUUUGUAUUCAGCAUGCCUCUACAACGCUGCUAAUUUAGAAACCUUUCUUCUUGGACAAUGGACCGGGUGAUUAUCAGUUUGAGUAUCCCAAACAGCACCCUAUUUCCUAUUUAGUGCACUACUUUUGACCAGGGCCCAUAGGUCAAAAGUAGCCAUUUGGGAUGCAGGCAAUGUUCGGAUGAAUCCCUAACAACCAUGCCUGCUGCUUCCUCUAGUCUGAACAAAUGGAACAAUUAUCAUAUCUGAUUAUGACAGGGACAUGCAGCAAUAAAUCAACAUUAAACUAUGUAAAUCGUGAUGUCUUCUUUUGAGUUUGAAUACAGUCAUUUUUUAGCCUGCAUUUAGCGCAAGGGCAUGGUGCGCGUCAGCCGAUAGGUUGUCUGCAAUCCACUUCCCGUUCUUGUGGCAUCAGUCACGUAACCGCUCAUAAUUUCACCUCAAUAAAAAACAGACUAAUGGACGUCUGCAUGAAUCAGGAGAAUUUUAAUCUUAUUUUUUUGGGAAGAUGAGCACUUUCAUUUAUUAUUCACUGUUUCUCAAUAUGAGAGCCAAUCUUUCAAUCCUACCCGCUAGGUACUUGUGGCAGGAUUUGAUCAGCAUAAGCAAUAUUUGCAUUUGAAGGUCAAAAGCGAUCACUCCUUUUUUCUUUAAAAUGUAUUUGUGGAAUAAGGAUGGGGUAAGGAGGGAUGCGGGGGUUAGUCUAGGAUGUAAAACCUGUCAUAUAUGGUGUUUGUUGUGAUGUAUCUCAGUUUGAUGGUAGUGUUUCUGAUGCCAGUCCCACAAUGCGCUGAGCCAACUCUGAUGAAACCCUUUCUGAAGGAGGACAGGAUCAAUAAUAUAAACACUGUCUAUCUAGCUCAGCACUAAGCCCUCUCUCUAAGAUAUCUCUCUCCUUCUCUCUCUCCUCUCUCUCCUUCUCUCUCUCCUUCUCUCUCUAUUUGGCCCCCUCUCUCUUUCUUUCUUUCUCUCUCCAUGACAACAGACUUAGUUACCCUCCAUCCAACAUCUAUCAGAUCAUUCAUCUGUGUCUCUUCACUUCUCUCCUCCAGUGCAGACGAGAGGUUUGAUGCUACCUUCCACACCAAUGUCCUGGUCAACUCCUCUGGAUCCUGCCAGUACAUUCCACCAGGUGGGUUACCAGGUCACGUUUAGCCAUGUUCAAUUCCAGGGGUUACUGGGUCGACAUUCAUGCUUUGAGGAGGGUCGCUUUAACCGAAUGCUUAGCCACUAUGAAUCAGAUAUGUUCAUUAACUUGAAUGUAUACUCAGCAAUAUAAAAUCGUCGGCAGAAAUCAACAAUGGCAAAACGUGAAAAUGUCAAGACUGCCCUCUCCUCCUCUUCCUCCUCUUCCUCUUCCCCUUCCUCUUCCUCCUCCUCUCCUCCUUCCCUCCCCCAGGUCUCCUGAAGAGUACAUGCUAUAUCGAUGUCCGCUGGUUCCCCUUCGACGUCCAGAAGUGUGAUCUGAAGUUUGGCUCGUGGACCUACAACGGCUGGCUGCUGGACCUCCAGAUGCUGGAUGUAGACAUCUCCUCAUACAUCCCCAACGGGGAGUGGGACCUCGUGGGUAAGAGACAUGGAGAUCAUGGGUCUCCCUGGAGGAAAUGAGGUUAACGUUUUUUACAACAGAGUCGGUGGUAAACACUCCUCCUGGGGAGCUACUGGGCGUGCACGGUUUUGUUCCACACCACCACUAAGCAGACUGCAUCGCUCUAGUCAAAUCAAUCUUUAUUUAUACAGUAUGUUCCAUACAAAGCCAGUGUUAUCCAUUGUGCAUUACAGAUCCUGUGCUUACAGUACAUCUAUAACAGAAUGCAGCCCUGUUUUACGAGGUGUCUGCUUCCCAUGCCUCUCUGAUCCUGAGUGUUCUAUCCCCUGGGCUAGACAGCCAAUCAUUGAGCCCGGUGUUACGACUCUUUCCUGCUUCUGUUUCAAUUCCUGUUCCCCUGGGCUAGACAGCCAAUCAAUAUCCAGUUCUGAAUGUGACCGAGCUAGGUGGUGUUACAGGUCUCAUCUCCUCCCCGAACUAUGCUGUUCCCCUCUCAUGUCAUCAAUCUAUCGUUGGAUGGAUGGUGGCAAUGUGCCUCUGGUCUCAGAUAGAUGCCUCAAUAGUGUUGGAAUGCUAGUGGUGUAAAGUACUUAAGUAGAAAUACUUUAAUGUACUACUUAAGUAGUUUUUUUGGGGUAUCUUUACUUUACUAUUUACAUUUUUGACAACUUUUACUUUUACUUCACUACAUUCCUAAUGGAAAUCAUUUACUUUUCACUCUUUACAUUUUCCCUGACAAAAUUACUUACAUGUUGAAUGCUUAGCAGGACAGGAAAAUUGUCCAAAUCACACACUUAUCAAGAGAACAUCCCUGGUCAUCCCUUCUGCCUCUGAUCUGGCGGACUCACUAAACACGAAUGCUUUGUUUGUAAAUUGUCUCUAAGUGUUGGAGUGUGCCCCUGGCUUUCCGUAAAUUUAAAAUACAAGACAAUGGUGCCAUCAGGUUUGCUUAAUAUAAAGAAUUUGAAAUGAUUUAUACUUUUACCUUUACUUUUGAUACUUAAGUAUAUUUUAGCAGUACAUUUACUUUUGAUACUUAAGUAUAUUUAGAAGCAGAUAUUUUUAGACUACAUUAUUUUACUGGGUGACUUUCACUUUUACUUGAGUCAUUUUCUAUUAAGGUAUCUUUACUUUUACUAAAGUAUGACAGUUGGGUACUUUUUCCACCACUGGGGAAUGCAGGCUUGGCCUGUGACUGCCUGAUGUCUUUUUAGGCAGACACACACACACACACACACACACACACACACACACACACACACACACACACACACACACACACACACACACACACACACACACACACACACACUCACACACACAUAUCCCCAUCCCCUCCCCCACAAACCCAGUACCCAGCUGGCUGUAGGUAACCAGGGGGGUGUGGGGAGACAGCUGGCCCAGGAACGGCUCACUAGAUUGGGGCACGGCAGCUAACAGGCUCCUCUCCAGACAGAGCCCUGGUGCCUCUGCCAGACAAGGUGCCAUCCUGGGGCUCUGUUUAGUGAUAGGACCCUUGGUUACUGUCCUAAACACACACAUGUAUGCACACACACGCACACACACACACACACACACACACACACACAGACAAACUGUUUUCAGAUGUUAGGUUUUAAUCAGUUAAAAGAAUGACACUUACGUUGAAGUGAUGAGUCUGAAAUCCUCAAACCCACUAACCAAUCAGUGCUCUGCUGGAUGUCCUACAAUGAUUAAAGCCCAUCAGAGUAAUUGAACCAUUUCAUUUUCUCCUUGACACACACACACACACACACACAUACACGCACACACCCACACACACAUGCGCGCACACACACAAACACACAUUGCCCAUACAUACAUACAUACAUACAUACAUACAUACAUACAUACAUACAUACAUACAUACAUACAUACAUACAGUGGGGAAAAAAAGUAUUUAGUCAGCCACCAAUUGUGCAAGUUCUCCCACUUAAUAAGAUGAGAGAGGCCUGUAAUUUUCAUCAUAGGUACACGUCAACUAUGACAGACAAAAUGAGAAAAACAAAUCCAGAAAAUCACAUUGUAGGAUUUUUUAUCAAUUUAUUUGCAAAUUAUGGUGGAAAAUAAGUAUUUGGUCAAUAACAAAAGUUUCUCAAUACUUUGUUAUAUACCCUUUGUUGGCAAUGACACGGGUCAAACGUUUUCUGUAAGUCCUCACAAGGUUUUCACACACUGUUGCUGGUAUUUUGGCCCAUUCCUCCAUGCAGAUCUCCUCUAGAGCAGUGAUGUUUUGGGGCUGUCGCUGGGCAACACAGACUUUCAACUCCCUCCAAAGAUUUUCUAUGGGGUUGCGAUCUGGAGACUGGCUAGACCACUCCAGGACAUUGAAAUGCUUCUUACGAAGCCACUCCUUCGUUGCCCGGGCGGUGUGUUUGGGAUCAUUGUCAUGCUGAAAGACCCAGCCACGUUUCAUCUUCAAUGCCCUUGCUGAUGGAAGGAGGUUUUCACUCAAAAUCUCACGAUACAUGGCCCCAUUCAUUCUUUCCUUUACACGGAUCAGUCGUCCUGGUCCCUUUGCAGAAAAACAGCCCCAAAGCAUGAUGUUUCCACCCCCAUGCUUCACAGUAGGUAUGGUGUUCUUUGGAUGCAACUCAGCAUUCUUUGUCCUCCAAACACGACGAGUUGAGUUUUUACCAAAAAGUUAUAUUUUGGUUUCAUCUGACCAUAUGACAUUCUCCCAAUCCUCUUCUGGAUCAUCCAAAUGCACUCUAGCAAUCUUCAGACGGGCCUGGACAUGUACUGGCUUAAGCAGGGGGACACGUCUGGCACUGCAGGAUUUGAGUCCCUGGCGGCGUAGUGUGUUACUGAUGGUAGGCUUUGUUACUUUGGUCCCAGCUCUCUGCAGGUCAUUCACUAGGUCCCCCCAUGUGGUUCUGGGAUUUUUGCUCACCGUUCUUGUGAUCAUUUUGACCCCACAGGGUGAGAUCUUGCAUGGAGCCCCAGAUCGAGGGAGAUUAUCAGUGGUCUUGUAUGUCUUUCAUUUCCUAAUAAUUGCUCCCACAGUUGAUUUCUUCAAACCAAGCUGCUUACCUAUUGCAGAUUCAGUCUUCCCAGCCUGGUGCAGGUCUACAAUUUUGUUUCUGGUGUCCUUUGACAGCUGUUUGGUCUUGGCCAUAGUGGAGUUUGGAGUGUGACUGUUUGAGGUUGUGGACAGGUGUCUUUUAUGCUGAUAACAAGUUCAAACAGGUGCCAUUAAUACAGGUAACGAGUGGAGGACAGAGGAGCCUCUUAAAGAAUAAGUUACAGGUCUGUGAGAGCCAGAAAUCUUGCUUGUUUGUAGGUGACCAAAUACUUAUUUUCCACCAUAAUUUGCAAAUAAAUUCAUAAAAAAUCCUACAAUGUGAUUUUCUGGAUUUUUUUCUCUCUCAAUUUGUCUGUCAUAGUUGACGUGUACCUAUGAUGAAAAUUACAGGCCUCUCUCAUCUUUUUAAGUGGGAGAACUUGCACAAUUGGUGGCUGACUAAAUACUUUUUUUCCCCACUGUACAUACAUACAUACAUACAUACAUACAUACAUACAUACAUACAUACAUACAUACAUACAUACAUACAUACAUACAUACAUACAUACAUACAUACAUACAUAUACACAUACAGUGGGGGGAACAAGUAUUUGAUACACUGCCGAUUUUGCAGGUUUUCCUACUUACAAAGCAUGUAGACACACAUACACACACACACCCCUCUAAUUAUCAGUGGCUACACUCUGUGGCGGUGGAAAGUAUUGACCACAGAUAUAAAACAGAUCAACACUGGGUCUGUCCCAAAUGGCACCCUAUUUUCUAUGUAGUGCACUACUUUUGACCAGGGCCCAUAGGGAGUACUAUGUAGGGAGUAGGGGGCCAUUUGUGGCAGAGCCACUGUUUGGUUCCUAUUCCUUUAAAGUGAAUUGUAUUUCACUUUAUCUUGAUGGUUUGUCUGUCAGUAUGUUUUAAUCUCACCUUGACUUUGGUACUGAAAUGGGAGCCAUUGAUUUGUCUCACAAAGUGGCAGUUAGUGACAGAGAAGAGAAGCGGCACCAGUGUAAUCAGAGAACGUUGAGACCAGAUGUGGUGGGUAUUGAUGACCAAGGGGAUCAGACACUGUUCAAACAAGCUGGAGCUGAAGCGCAGCUGGGUCAUGCAGCAAGACAAUGAUCCAAAACACACAAUCAAGUCUACAUGAAAAUUGCUAAAAAGCAACAAAUUGGAAGUUUUGGAAUGGCUUAGUCAAAGUCCAGACCUAAUCCCAAUUGAGAUGUUGUGGCAGGACUGCAGUUCUGCAUGGAAGAGUGGGCCAGAAUUCCUCCACAGCGACGUGAGAGACUGAUCAACAACUACAGGAAGCAUUUGGUUGGAGUCAUUGCAGCUAAAGGUGGCACAACCAGUUAUUGAGUGUAAGGGGGCAAUUACUUUUUCACACAGGGGAAUUGGGUG